UCAGUAUAAACAAAGGAAUCCAGCAGCUACGGUUCAGCUGAAUGGGGUCUUGUUCAUUUACUGAGGAACGCAAUACAUGCCCUUUUCCUUUUCAAGAUGAAGGCUUGACCUUGAAAAACUACUUUGAGAAAGAAACAACCAAAACAUGCCUGCAUCUUCACUGUGUUAUAUUCACUGUGCACCCUGUGCAUGUUACCAAGAAUUUGAGAAAUAGUUUGUCUCCUCCUAUUGUUGUUCCAGCAUUAAUUCCAGAGUGAGCAUAUUAUAAGCAUACGCAUGGAAUACUUUUAAUAUAUCUUUUUCAUAUGAGAUGAGAAACUGAUUUGAAGCUAUUUUUUUCCUCAUCUUCAACUCAUGAAAUAUGAUCUGUUAAACCAAUGGCAACUGAGCUUUCAUCCAAGUGUGAGUGCCCUAGCUGUGUGGAAGGUAGUCAGAGUGAGUCUGAUUGGAAUUACUCUUCCAGAAAGAGAAGGGAUGGUGCUUCAUACUCAAGGUUAAGUAAGAAAUCCACACUUUCUCCCAUCAUGCAACGCUUCCUUUCUCAGUGUUGUUCUAACGAGCUGGAGAGCACUAACAAGGAAGACUUCACAUUUCUCACUUCAGAGGAGGAGAGUUCUGUGGACUUCUCUCAAACACAAAACCUCAGCCAGACAUCAAAGAAGACCAGACCAUUGAGAGAGCUGACUAUCCAAGAACUACUGAGCAAGUUUGGAGACAAUGAGAGGCUUCCACCCCACUCUGUGUCCUUGAGCCAUUUUAGAGACCAUGUGGUUGUGAGGUUUAGAAGAGCUCUGUACUAUUCUGGGAUCUGGGUAAAACACGUCCAGGGCUCUGGACUGAAAAGGUUUUUCUCAGCUCAUUAUUUUAAAAGAAAUCCGAGUAGCCUGCACCGGCUGAUUCCCUGGCUGAAACGAGAACUCACAGCUAUCUGUGGAGACUAUGGCUACACAGUGAGGAACAUCCUGACCGCCAUUCUCCAUCACAUGACACAAUUUAACCUGAACAGUGAAGCUUUCACUCACCUACUGGAGCCUUAUCUCUUCCAAUACACCCAGCACUUUCUGCAUGAGUUUAUCAGUUUCGUUGAUUCAUCUUACAACAUGGAGACCUAUGACCGCAAUGCCAUCUAUCAGUGUCCUGUUUCAAGGUGGAUGAAAAAGAAGAGCACUGUUUCAGCUCCAGCCUUUUCUUUCCCACAGGAUCUCUACGUCAUGAAAUCACAACAAGGCAUAAAGCAGUCCAAGAAAACCUGGAAUAAGACUGGGCAGAGCUCGGACUCUGGCUUGAAACAGUUUCCUAUGGGUCAUUCCUUAAAAAAUCCCCAAAUCUCAACAACCCAGCAGAAACCAGCAAAGAAACGCCAUGUUUGGACCAAAGAUGACUGGGGAUCAGAUGAUUUCAGAGACGUGGUUUGUACUACUAAUUCACUGAAUUGGGCUCAUUUCAGGGCAAACGGGCCAGACAAAGAGUAUUAUAGAAAUGAUAACCAAGAGAAAAAGUCAGAAGGCACAAAACUGCUUCCUGGCCAUGUCCAGGAUCUAAAGAGGCAUGAAACAAGUCCAUACACCUUUAGAGCAUUGGUGUAUUCUAAUCAGGCACUCCCCAAAAAGUACACUAUAAGGGAAACAAAUGUUUUGAAUCCUGGCCAACAGGUACAUUAUCAGAAAAAAGAAACGGAAAAAAAGAAACUUGAAGAAUCUUCACUAAAGGCUUUUCAAAGAUUGCCCAAGGAAAGAACCUUGAUAAAAAGUAAAUCCAGAGAAAGUAAUCAUUCUUGUCAUUGUGUCUCAGAAAGUAGCACUUCUCCUACCAGAAACGAUAAGAUGCUGACUUCUACGAGUAACAAGACGGUAAGGUGCAGUCAGUCCUCCCAAUGUGUAGAAGUUGGUUCACACCAUAGUAGAAGAACCCAAAGACAAUACAGUCCCAGGACACCCAGAUCCAAAUCCUGGUGUGUCAGAAUUAGAAAGCAAUCCAUGAGCAGAGGUCAGAGUAAUCUCUCUCUGAGAGAAAGUCACAGAAGCAAGCACUGUGCACUGUCAAAAGGAAGUGCUCAUGGCUGCGAAUCAACCUACAGGGUGACAUCUUUGAGCCCAGUCCACCAUGACCAGGUUUGUUUAACAGCUGAAACUAGACGCAAAUAUGCAUCCACAGGUGAAGGUGGAUCGCAAACUAGAGGGCACUGUGACAGUCUCUCAUGGCUAAAGACUGAGAAAUGUCACUCUCCAAGUAAGCAUGGUGUGACAGGGAAUCACCCAGUUGGUAGAGUUAGGAGAAUCAGAACACGUAGGCACAAAAAACCCAAAUACCAGUGUGUGGGUACACAAACCACAGCAGAGGUCAGGGAUGAUUUGGAGGAUCUCAAGGAUAAAGGCCAAAAAGUCUUUUUGAAUUGUUAUUCUGAAUGUGUGACUUCCUGCAGAAGGUAAAUUAGAAAAAGAAAGGAAUUCAUGACUUCAGAACCUUCUAGCCAAGAAUGAAUCUAAAAUAGGUAUCAUCAGAAGCGUAAAGAUCUAAGUGGUUUUGAAAGGCAAAUUAGUCUACUUAGCCACCAAGGCUUAGUGAAAGUACGGAUUUAAUCUGAAAUAUAUGAAAAUAUUUAUCAUAGCACUUUGUAACUAGAACAAAAUAUCUGAUGAUUAAAUUCAAAGCUCUUUUUGGGCACAAAUAUACAUUAUUAAAUUAUUCAUUUAUGUAAA